AUGCAGCUGAGGGGAGAGAAUACAGACAGUAAAUUGGAAUCCUCCAGGCAACAGAUGUCAAAGAACCAGUCAGAACAUUAUGAGAUAAUAAUUCCCUACAUUUUGAAUGGAGAACAAUGGAAACCAAUAAAUAGCAUUGAUUCAAAGAGUCACCCAGCACUGAUGAAGUUUCUAAUACAAACUGAAAGUAAGCGACUAGUCAUCAGUCUGGAGAGAAACGAAGGCCUCUUAGCUGAUAGCUUCACAGAAACACACUAUAUGAAAGAUGGCACUGAUGUCAUUCUCACACGCAAUUACACGGGUCACUGCUAUUACCAUGGUACUGUGCAAGGGUAUCCUGAUUCUGCAGUCAGUCUCAGUACCUGCUCUGGACUCAGGGGACUUAUUUUAUUUGAAAAUAAAACCUACAUUCUGGAGCCAUUGGAAAAUGCUACAAGUGAACACAAGAUCUACCAAGCCGAGAACCUGAAAAUAGCCUCCGGAUCUUGUGGCAACCAAUUCAACGUCUCUGGCAUCACUAUUGAUGACACACCACAGUCUUCUCAAGCAUUCACCAGCAGGCACAAGAGGGAGACUCUGAAGAUAACAAAAUAUGUGGAGCUUGUUAUUGUUGCAGAUAAUCGAGAGUUUCAGAGACAGGGAAAGGAUGUGGAAAAAGUUAAGCAGAGGCUGAUAGAAAUUGCAAACUAUGUCGAUAAGUUCUACAGGCCAUUAAAUAUUCGAGUAGCCCUGGUUGGAGUGGAGGUGUGGAAUGACAUGGAUAAGUGCUCUAUAACACAAGACCCCUUCACCAGCCUCCAUGAGUUUCUGGAUUGGAGAAAGCUGAAACUACUACCUCGUAAACCCCAUGACAAUGCACAACUAGUGAGUGGGGUGUACUUCCAAGGGACUACCAUCGGCAUGGCACCUAUAAUGAGCAUGUGCACUGCAGAGCAGUCUGGAGGAGUUGUUAUGGAUCAUUCAGACAGCCCUCUUGGUGCAGCCGUAACCCUGGCUCAUGAGCUGGGCCACAACUUUGGGAUGAAUCAUGAUACCCUGGAGAGGGGCUGUACCUGCAAAGCAUCUACUGAUAAAGGUGGCUGUAUCAUGAACCCCUCUACUGGCUAUCCAUUUCCCAUGGUGUUCAGCAGCUGCAGUAAAAAGGACCUGGAAAACAGCCUGGAAAAAGGAGUGGGGAUGUGUCUCUUUAACCUGCCUGAAGUUAAGGAAUCAUUUGGUGGACAGAAGUGUGGGAAUGGCUAUGUGGAAGAUGGAGAGGAGUGUGACUGUGGGGAACCCGACGAAUGUACAAAUCGUUGCUGUAAUGCUACUAGCUGCACUUUGAAAGCAGAAGCAGUGUGUGCCCAUGGACUUUGCUGUAAAGACUGCAAGUUGAAGCCAGCAGGGAUUUCUUGCAGAGACUCAAGUAAUUCCUGUGAUCUUCCGGAGUUCUGCACUGGAGCCAAUCCUCACUGCCCAGCUAAUGUAUAUUUACACGAUGGACAUCCAUGCUACAGAGUAGAUGGGUAUUGUUAUAAUGGCAUAUGUCAGACUCAUGAACAACAAUGUGUCACACUCUGGGGACAAGGUGCUAAACCCGCCCCUGGGAUCUGCUUUGAGAGAGUUAAUUCUGCAGGUGAUCCUUAUGGCAACUGUGGCAAAGACGCCAAAAGUUCCUUUGCUAAAUGUGAACCCAGAGAUGCUAAAUGUGGAAAAAUUCAGUGUCAAGGGGGAGCAAAUCGACCUGUAAUUGGUACCAAUGCUGUUUCCAUAGAAACAAAUAUCCCGCUGCAGGAAGGAGGCAAGAUUCUGUGUCGUGGUACCCAUGUGUACUUGGGAGAUGAUAUGCCUGAUCCUGGUCUCGUUUUGGCAGGCACAAAAUGUGAAGAUGAAAAAAUCUGUCUUAACCGCCGGUGCCAAAAUACUAGUAUAUUCGGUGUUCAUGAAUGUGCAACAAAAUGCCAUGGACGCGGAGUCUGUAACAAUAAAAAAAAUUGUCACUGCGAAGCUGACUGGGCCCCUCCCCAUUGUGACAAGCCAGGGUUUGGCGGCAGCAUGGACAGUGGACCAACCAGACAAGCAGAUAAUAGAAGUUUAACCAUAGGAAUACUCGUAACCAUUCUGUGCCUUAUUGUUGCUGGUUUAAUCAUGUAUCUCAAAAGGAAGACUUUGAUUAGACUGCUAUUUACAAAUAAAAAGACAACAAUAGAGAAACUAAGGUCUGUGAGUCCAGCAAGGCCUUCCAGUUCAUUUGAGCCUAAUCAUGUUCAUACCACAACUCUCAGUAAAAAUCUAGUCAUAAAGCCACAAAAUUUAAACAUACAUCAGAGAGAUGGUCCGAGAAGAUUGCUACCAUAUCAGACUAUUGACAUCAGUAACUCUGUAAAGACAUCUGAUUUACAGCGGUCAAAAACACCACAGCGAGUCCUACCACCCCUUCACCAGCUACCCUGUCCUCAAACUGUACCUGCACGACCACUGCCAGCUAACCCAUCUCUUAGGCUUGCUCAGGAAACUCUCAAACCAAACCCUCCUCAAAAGCCUUUGCCAGCAAAUCCUCUGAACAAAACUGCUCGGUUUAACAAUGCCUCCAGCCCAAUAUUUGGACAUCAGAAACUUGUGCCUCACAUUACUCCUGUAAGACCUGCACCUAAACAUCCACAAGUGCCCAGAUCCAGCAACACUGCCUAUGUGAAAUGA